UAAAUAUGAGCGUUGAUCAUUCGAAUGUGUAAUAAAAUUGAAAUAAACUUUUGUAACAUAUGCAUAUUUUAUUGUAAUUCAAACUUUAGAAUGAACAAUGUUCCAUUUCCAGUCAGUGAAUUUAUCCCGCCGUUGUGAGGUUCGUACUUUCACAAUGGCGGAGAAGUAUUACACUACUCAGUAUCAAAUUUGUGAUGUGAUUUUAAUAUUUUAAACAAUUCUGGAAUAAUUCAUUGUUGUGUCAAGCUGAAAAGAAUUCGUAUGAUUAAAAAACUAUCCGCAAAUUGAGUAGUUUAAAAAGGUUUAAUCGUCUUAGCGGAAACUCAAAUAAUAAAUGGAAAAUGCCUCAGAUACUAAGACGAAAAAAAGCUAAAAGAUCACAAAAGAGGGUAUUAGUUAAAAGAAGACAUUUUUUAACAAGUUUUCAUGAAACUAAAUCUUACAAACCAUUAUGUAAACAGUUACAAAAUAAUAACAACUUAUUGGCAAAAGCACUAUCUAAAGAGAGACAUGAAAGUCAACUAUUAUUUUCUCAGAAUGUUGCUUUAAUUGCUGAAGUGCAGGAUUUAGGUUUGGCCUGUAAUAAACGUGAUGCUAUUAUAUCAAAUGUUUUAAAGAAUGCUAAAGAAAUGCUUAAAAUGUUAGUAACAAUGAGUGGUUACUUGACAAAUACAAUUGCAUCAUGUCAAGAAUUUGCAGAAUCUGUUACUACAAACAUGCAGAUGACCUAUAACUCUAAUGGACAAAAGGAAUCAUUGAAAAGACUGUCAAUAAAAUCUCCAACUAGAGGAGUAGUGAAACCUAUGGUGAGCGGUUACACCAUUACAAAACCCACCAUUAAUUUAAGUAGAUUAAAUAUGCAACAUAUUAAUAAUUCAUCAAACUUAAGUAUAAUACCAGAAAUAAGAACACCCCCUAGAAAUCAAGAAUUGGACAAUUCGAUUUCUCCUAAUGGUGUCUCUGUAAGACGUACGUGUAAAAAUGGUCGCACAUACAGAAUGCCUGAAAGAUUAACUGCUACUUCACCAAGAGAUAGUGAUGAAAGUGAAAGAAGAUUCAGUGAGAGGAAUAAUAGGCAUUCUACUGGAAAAAUGUCAGGAAGAAUGUCAGGGAAGCUUUCAAAAUCAAAGUCAAGAUUGUCGAGAAAUAGUAACUCUAGUAACUCAAGUAACUCUAGUAUUGAAAAUUUCGAAUAUAUAGGAAGUCCUAGAGUAAAACUUAAUGAUGUAUCGAAAUUAUUGCAAAAUUCUCAUACUAUUAAUAUUCGAACGUUAACUGAGAAUCAGAAUAAUCAAGAGGUCGAUGGUUCGAAAUGUAAUAAUGUAGUAAACUCUGAGGAUUCUCAGGCAGAAAUUAUACCAACAACAUCACCUUCCAAUGAUUCCAUAGAUAGUAAUGAUAAAACGACCGAGAGCAAAAAUGAACAGAGUAAUAAUGAAUUGAAUACUACGAAUGAACAUUGUUCGUCAAAUUGGGAAGAUCCUCUUGAAGGACCAAGUUGGUUAUUUAAUAAUUCCCAAGUCGUGCCUUCCUUUAGAAGUAAAGACAAAAAGACUGAUGAUAUGAAUGUUUCUAAUGGUGAUAGUAUGAGUUUGGUAUUAACAGAAAAAGAAUCAAAUAAUGUAUUUGAUAAUGAUAAAACUAUGCAAGAAAUGUCAAACACACAUGCAAAUCAUGCGAAUAACUUUGAGAAUAGUGAACAAGUGAAUAAUGAAGAUGAAUCUAACGUGCAUCAGCAUAAUGAGAACAACGAAAUAUGUAACGAAAUUGUAGUGGCAGAUACAAAUGACAAUGAAUGCAAGAGUGCCCCUCUAAAUUUCAUUACACAAAGACGAGGCUGUUUCGAAAAUGAGGAUGAAGAUGAUUUUACAUUGAUAUAUACAAAGCAACCACGAAACAUGCAUUUCGAUAUAAAUGAUUUAAGGUUGCCAGUUCUAGAACAGUCUGCUUUGAAACCGACAACUCCAGCUGAACCAGAACCAGAAAUAACGACUACCCUUCGAAAAAUAUCCGAAAUUUGUCCAAUACCGUCGGUUUCGCAUAACUUGGUUCGUAACACUUUGGACGAAUCUGCAUUUAAUCAGUCUACCGUGAAAUUACCACUACUUCUGAAUGAUGAUUGUGAGGAUGUAGAGUCGACGUCAGUAAAAAAGAAAUCGAAAAUGUCGCAGCAAAAGAGCAAAAAGAAGAAGGAAACUGCAGCACAAUCUAAUGAUGAUUUUGUUGCUAAUACACCACCGUUCAAGAAAAAUAAUUUGUACAAAAGAAAAAAGAAUAAACCCGUGAAAGAUCCAAGUACUGUCAAGGUAGUGUUGCAAAAGUUGAAUGAAUCUGAUGUUAAAUCUAGAACACCUUCUCCGAAUGAAACAGUUUCUCACAAUUCUAAUCAGAAUUUAAGUGUUAUAUCUUCCCGUGCGGAUAAUUCAAGUGAUUCAGAAAGUAGUACAAGUACCAAUAGUUUGUUUGCUUGUAAUCGACCAAGACGAAAACGUACUCCGGUUGCUUAUCAUGAGCCUAAUUUGAUAAAGAAAUUACGAAGGAAUCAGUAAUUAUGUUACAACAUUUGUCAAUACUCGAGAAAGAAUUAAUAAAAUACAGUAAUGUAUUUCUGAAACACUGAUAUUCCUUUUGAUGUAAAUAAGUUAUUAGUGUGUAUGAAAAAUUUGGGACAGAUCUUCUCGAAAAAGAAAAGAAACAAGGAAAACAGAAAUUAAAUUAAUUUCAUUAAACAUUUAAUAAUUAUAAAGCAAGUUUACAUUUUGAACAGUUUUGCUUCCAUUGUUGCGCACAUUUUUAUUGAACUAGCAAUUGUUAAUUAUUUACAGGAAAUCGGCUUGCUUUGACGUCGUCAUAGCUUCGAUGAGUUUGGCUUCCUCUCGUAGUAUUGUUUGUAUGUUGUACCAUUUGUAUUCUUAACUAUGUUUCAAUGAAUAAACAAAUAUUUGAGAACAUUA